AUGUGUUCCAGGGACAAUGAGUCCUGGGCAUGGUGCAAGGUCCAGAUGAAAAGCCCAAAAGUUCAGAACCAGGCAUCAGGCGAGAUUUUUAGAUGCAAAGAGUGCAAGGGAGGAGGCCUGACGGCCAAGAAAUCUGGAAUGAGAGCCUCAGCCGCGCUGCUAACCAGUGCGUGGUUUACGGUCAGGCCUCACUUCUCUGUGCCUCCAAUGCUAACCUCCCCGGUGAAGGUUGCACUGAAAGGUUCCUGCCGGGCCUGCUGGGAACGGCUUCCGCUCUCUACAGCAACGGUUCUGAGCACAAGCAUCAGCCGCUCCUCACGAGACACCGAAUGGGGCUCUCAAGAGUUUCCAAGGACUACACUCGUUGUCUGUUUCCGGCCUCAACUCCCUUCUCCCUUGGAGUAUGUAGCCGCCGUUGUCUUGGGGAGAAGUUUAAAAGACACAGUUUCAAGCUGGGUGGCAGACUGGCAGGGUUCCUUGUUCUUCCUAACAUACAGGCUCUGCUGGACGGGCUUCUGGGAGUCUCUCAGCGAUAGCCUGAGGCAAAAGGCCUCCUACCUCCUGGCAGCUGCUGUGGCCUGUGGGAAGAACCUGGUUGGUGUUUCAAACUCUCCACAAAUUGCACAGACCCAGUGGAUGUGGAGUACCCAAGAGACUGAACAUCACAGUCAUAUGAUGGAGAAGACAGAUGCCAAGGACCAGUCCUCUCAGGGGGAUGAAGAGAAAGAUCUCCCAAAGAGCCACCCUUACUCUGUGGAGACCCCAUAUGGCUUUCAUUUGGACUUAGACUUCCUCAAAUAUGUGGACGACAUCGAGAAGGGACACACCAUCAAAAGGAUUCCUAUCCACAGAAGAGCCAAGCAGGCUAAGUUUAGCACUUUGCCCCGAAACUUCAGCCUUCCUGACAGUGGAGCUCGCACCCAUGCUGCUCCUCUCCAGCAAAACUGGUCUCCUGUGGUGCCCAGGAAGAAGUCCCUGGGGACCCAGGAUCAAUCCCAGUCUCUGCCAGUGGUUGCUCUCCCCCAGGCCUCAGCGCAUGGCAGUGAACUGAGCCACUUCAGAAAGGCCCUGUUGACAGAGGGUACCAGGCAGGCUGAGGCUGAUGUUCAGGAGGAUGCUGGGAGCGGGCGGCCCCAGCUUCUGAGAGCGUCCAGCAUGCCAGCCACUCUGCCGCCAAACCAGGCCCCUGAUGAGCCCAGCCUGACCUCGGGUCCUUCCACACUCCUUGCCCUCCCUCUGCUCCAGGAUGAAGGCAGCCUCUGUGACGGCACCUUUGACUCUGCAGAGGGGUUCACAGGCUUCCAGGCAUCGGCCCAGGCAUCGGCCCAGUCACCGGACAGAGAACUGGGAAAACUGGAACCCGCGAUUCCAGAGCUGGCCUGGGAGGGGGCUGAGCCUGGAGAAGAUGACAUCAAAGCUACAAGUCAGCUCUCUCAGCCAGGGCCUCCCUCCUCAGCCCGGAAUGUUCCCAUGGUUCUAGAGGAAGUGGGACUUCAGCACCAGGCUAGAAAAGCAGAGGUAGUCUUAACACCCGGCUCCUGCACUCCCAGCCCACCCCCUCUGCCAUCCCCCAUCCCUGAGAACGAGCUCUCCCUGGAGGAAAUUGAGCUCAACAUCAGUGAGAUCCCACCCCCACCACCCAUAGAGGUGGAUGUGCACAGCAUUGGUAUCUGGGUAACAGAGGAAAGCCUGGGCCUGGUUAAGACUGAUACCAGCGGUAUCUCCAGCCUCAAGAAUCAGGUCUUGGCCCUUGAGGACAAGUUGUCAGGGAGAACAGAGGAGCUUGCCCAGGUCAGGGCUGCCCUUGAGCAGCAGCAAGAGGAGACCAAGGCCAGGGAACAGAGGAUUCACGAGCUGGAGUGCACUGUAGCCCAUUUUGAAGAAAAGUUUAGUCAAGAGAAGGCCAGCGAGGCUCUGGACCGGACUGAUGUCAUGGUGAACACUGACCCCCUUCAUGAACUCAUCCCCAGAGAAUCAUGUGACAAGAACAUUGGGGUCAACCUUCUGAGCAUUCCUAAUCCUGAACGCUGGGCAUCUAGAACAGAAAAAAAUGGCUUCCCAUGGGUCCAAAACAAUCACAAACAAGGCUAUCAGAGCCUGGAAGAGCCCGUGCCACCACCCCAGCUGUCACUGCCAAAGGGACCUGAGCAGGUCCUUGCCUCAUCCUUAUGUAGCUGCCUCUCCAUGGAACUCAGGAUCGAAGAAGAGGUCACUGAGCAAGAGAUUGGCCCACAGGUGGAAGCUGAGGGCUUGGGCAGGCCGAUAGGAGGCUCUCCCUGGAGCAGCAGCAGAGAGUCUGCCUCAGUGAUCAGGGAGGAGGCCAGCUCAGAACCCCCCGGGGCAGAGCGUCCAGGAAGGCCAGCAAGUUCCCCACAAGACGCCACUAUUGGCCAGUAUGUUAAAAAGAUCCAAGAGCUUCUGCAUGAGCAGUGGAAUUGCCUGGAACAUGGGUACCCGGAGCUGGCCAGCGCCAUCAAACAGCCUGCGUCCAAGCUCAGCAGCAUCCAGAACCAGCUGCUCAGUUCCCUCAACCUGCUGCUCUCCGUCUAUUCAGCCCAGGCCCCAGAGGAGAAGGAGCCUCCUGCCCCACCACCCUCCUCCACCCCUCCGCCACCACCGGAGAUCUCUCCGUCGACCAGCCUUAAAUCCAUAAUGAAAAAGAAAGACUAUGGCUUCCGUGCAGGAGGUAAUGGGACCAAAAAGAACCUUCAGUUUGUUGGGGUUAACGGUGGCUACGAGAGUACUUCUAGUGAGGAGACCAGUGGGGAGGACAGCUCUCCUGAGGACUUGUCUGACAGUGAGACGGAGAAGAAACGUGAUUGCUCAGAGCCCGCAGAGGACAGAGACGUACAGACUGGCUGUGAGGAUGGCCAGGACGCCCCCGGAGGCAGCACUAGCUCAGGCCAUGCAGGUGGUCCUGGGGAGGAAGCCUGUCACCUGAGGCCUGAGAGAUAUAAACCCACAGAGGAAUUUCUUAAUGCAUGCCAGGCACUGAGCCAACACCUGCCGGAAACCGGGACCACCACCGAACAGCUCCUGAGGCAAAGCUUGACUGCCAUCAGUCAGGAGUGGUUCCGUGUGUCCAGCCGGAAGUUGUCUAGCCCUGCCGUGGUGGCCGCCUAUCUCCUCGAGGUCCAGCCUUACUCCCCACAUCUUCUGAGGCUCCUGGUCAACUUGGCCGACCGCAGCGGGAACACGGCCCUUCACUACAGCGUGUCGCACUCCAACUUCGCCAUCGCCAAGCUGCUGCUGGACACAGGUGUCUGCAAUGUGGAUCAUCAGAACAAAGCUGGCUACACUGCUGUGAUGAUCACGCCCUUGGCUUCUGCAGAGACAAAAGAAGACAUGGCCGUUGUCUGGAAGCUCUUGCGAGAAGGGAAUGUGAACAUCCAAGCAACUCAGGGAGGCCAGACAGCGCUGAUGUUAGGAGUCAGCCACGACCGGGAAGACAUGGUCCAAGCACUACUGAACUGCCAGGCAGAAGUCAACCUGCAGGACCAUGAUGGAUCUACCGCCCUCAUGCUGGCCUGUCACCAGGGAAACGCCGACCUGGUGCGACUGCUCCUGGCACACCCAGCCUGCAACAGCAGCCUGACUGACAAGGCUGGCCGCACAGCCUUGUCCAUCGCUCUGAAUUCACCUGCCCCCGUGGAGCUUGCAGAGCUCCUGCGAGCUCACUCGGAACAGGGCAGGUCCCUGGGACUGUAGGAGCUGCUGAAGAGCCAGCAGCCAGGAACAAAAAGGUUCUUUUUCUCGACUCCCCCCUGGCCUUUAGGGAAGGUUGGGGUCACAGGCAGGGGGCCACCAUUCAAGUGGAGAAGCUAUGUCAAGUAUGCACACUACAUUCCCGUCAUAUAAUUCUGCUCAUUAGGAUGCUUGAUAGUUUUUUGCCUUAGGCCAAACCCCACCAAGCUGCAUGGUCUUCAGAGUUGGGUGCAAGAUGGAGAGUGCAGGCUGCCCGUAGGAUCGGCCAGAAAUUCAAAACAUCUUCAGCCUUGAAUUCCUCAUGACUCCGUCUUUGCAGUCCUGUGUAGCAAGCAGGUUGGGGUAAGGGCACACUUGCACAGUAGAAAAAAGCAAUACUUUUUACAUGGAGUUUUAAAGUGCACUGUCUUUUUGUUUUUAAUCAAGUAUGUAUACAAGUAUGUCUUACUGAAUAUGCAUGUCUAGAGAGAACGGGAGAGGAUUCUAAUUUCAGGCAAGGUAGGACAAAGAUGUCAACACCAAGGCGUGACACUCCUGAAUACUCCAGGGGCUCCAAUCACCUCUAUGGAAGUAAGCAGAAAACCCAAUGCAACGGUUAAACAGGGGGCGUGUUGGCAGAGUCCAGUCAUUUCAGCUGUUCCCUGCUCACGAAAAAAGCAAAUGAAUUGGCCAGCCCCUGGCUGGGAAUGAUUCACUGUGGAAGACAGCAUUGUUCACCCAUUGCUGGAUGCACAGAGCCUCUGGGAGGAGGUACUGCUCUGAGAACUUCCUGGCUCCUGGCUGCACUCAAGUCCAGCCUGGGCUACAGUAGUGGCAGCCAGCCAGGAGAGGAAUGACAUCACUCCCAGGGACAGUUCUUUCCGCCUAAGCUUCCAUAUCUCCUGGGGUCUGCCCCUGAAAGGCUCAUAGUCAUA